AUGGCCGGUUGGGAUGAAGAGGCACUGCUCGUCGCCAGUCUUGUUGUUGAAGACACCCCAGAUCGCCAAAUCAAACACAAGAAACGCUCCAAUUUACAGAAUAUCAAGACCCCACCUACAAAUUCAACAAGAAAACGCAGGGCUCGGAGAAGGAGUCCUGCUUCAAUACCCGUGGUUGUUCUUGAUCUUGAUGAAGAUGGUUCCACUUCAAAACAAGAGAGCGAGAAAAAGAAGAUCGAGUCAAAAGUUAAUGCAGAAAUGGAGAAGAAAACUGAGGAUGAUGAAGUUGAUCGUAAGGGAUCCAAGUCGAUUCCAGCCAUUCCUUGCAUUGAUCGAUUACGUGAAGAACUUUCUUGUGCGAUUUGUUUGGACAUAUGUUUCGAACCAAGCACCACACCUUGUGGACACAGUUUUUGCAAAAAAUGCUUGCGGUCUGCUGCCGAUAAAUGUGGAAAGCGAUGUCCAAAAUGCAGAGAUCUUAUCAGGAAUGGUAGAUCUUGCACGGUGAACACAGUUCUUUGGAACACUAUUCAGCUUUUAUUUCCCGAAGAAGUUGAGGCAAGGAAGGCAGCCAGUCCCUCGAGUAAUAGUGAAUCUCAGCCGAAAAGUCCAGCAAGAGUGAGUCAUUACAACAUACGAAGCAGAAUUAUUGAUGCCUUGAAUAGUCCAGAGCCGGAAACUCGAGACCCUGAAAGAAGAAAUCGUAUGAGAAGCCGAAGCUUCCGCCCAUCAAGCAGAAGAGAUGUUAGUGUGACGAGGACAAGAGAGUUGCCAAGCCAAGACGAGGAUGCUGCAUUUGCUUUGAGAUUGCAAAGAGAAGAAUUCAUGGAGGUUUUUAGGAGCCCCAGUGAGCAGAGAAACUCACUUGCACUAGCAAGAGCUAACUUGAGAGCUAUGGCAUCACGCGCUGUUAAUAUUCGUAUUAGAGGCCGCGCAGACUAG